GUCGUCGUAGUUGUUGAAUAAUCCUUUCCUCAUACAUUUGUAUCGAUGAGCAAUGAAAAGGUCACUCGACAUUUUCAUUUGCGUCGACGUAAUCAUUGAGCGGUGUCGCUUUGCAUCUACGUUAACAUCGAUGCAAAUGUUGAGUGGUCCCUUUGUUGCUCAACAAUUACGUUAAUAUCGACGUAGUGAGCAAUCCUUUAAUUGCACUGUAUCUGUGUUGAUGUUGACAUAAUUAUCGAGUAGUGAAAGGAUUACUCAGUUGUCAAUUGUAUCAAUAUGCAAAGUGAUGAAAAGAUUACUUAGCAAUUGUAUCGACGUUGACACAAUUAUCGAAUGGUGUUAUUUUACGUCAGCGUUGACACAGUUGUCAAGCAGUGAAAGGGUCGCUCAUUUAUUGGCAUCGAUGCAAUUGUUAAGCGACGAAAGGGCUCUUAGGCAUUUGUAUUAACGCCGAUACAAAUGCACAGUGAAAUCGUUAUUACAUCGACGUAAUUGUUAAGUGACUCUUUUAUUGCUCGGCAAUUACGUCGACACUGACGAGUAGCCCUCACCUCUCACCGUCGUUCUUCUCAUCCAUAAUAGUCACCCACGACUUCUAACAAUAUUGUAAUCUACCAUCUCGAACGAGAACGAUUGGAAUUAUCCUUUUUAUCUAUUAUUUUUAUGUUUCCAUUGAUAAAAAUUAUAAUAUUAAGAUAAAUAUAUUUAAAUAUUUUAAUUUAAUAUAAAAUUUUAAGUCUAAAUCGAAAAUCCUAAAGGGUAAAGGGUAACAUGUGAUUAAUUAGCGACAUUUUGCUCGUUGCUUAACCGGGCUUAAAUCUCGCGACAAUUUAUUUAGAUUUAGGAUUUUGGCUGUCAGUCACGUACGCCUUCUCGUUGUUCCCUUUUGGUUGGCAUCGGCGGCGGCUUCUGUAGCCAUGACGUCGCUGCGGUCCGCCGUGGCCACCUCUCUCCCGCCGAUCCGCGCGGCGAUCUCCCGGAUGAAGCAGGAUAUGAUGCGGCGGGAACUGGAGAACUGCCACCUCCUAGCCGGGAUCUGGUGCCAUGGCCUCACGGUGCGCCAGCUGCAGGCCCUCCGGGGAGCGCUCCCACCCGCGGCCAAGCUGGUCAUGGCCAAGAACACGCUGCUUGAGAAGGCCAUUGCCGGUACCCGGUGGGAAUCCCUCCGGCCCUGCGCCAAGGGCAUGAACGCCUGGCUCUUCGUCCACUCCGACGAGAUCCCCCCGGCUCUCAAGCCCUGCCGCGACUUCCAGCGUGAUUUCAAGCUCGCCCUCAAUGACUUCACCGGCGCCGUCUUCGAGGGCCGCCUCUACGGGCCCGUCAACUUCCUGGCCCUGGAGACCAUGCCCACGCGGAUGGAGUCGUACGCCUACCUCCUUGGCUGCCUGCAGACGCCCGCAGUGUCCCUUCUCAGCAUCUUGCAGGCUCCCGAGGGGGAUGCCGAUCAGGCUGCAGAAGGAGCCGCUGCCACCUCCGAGAAAUAGAAGCUCGACGGUUGUCGUUAUGGUCCAGUUGUUCUUUAUUUAGGUCACCAGUAUAGUUUCUUUCAUUGGCCUAAUAAUUAUAGAAGUUAAUGGUCUGAUGUACCACAUGUGCCCUGUUUCAUGAACUCACUCAUGGAUAUACUAGAAACCUUGGUCAUGAAGUGGAAAAGUGGUAUUUCCACUUUUCCACUUUUCCACUUCAUAUAAAUGUGACCACAAGUGAUGGUAAAUUUACAUUUCCGAAGUUUUGGCUAAUGUACAAGAGUAGAAAGGAUCCAAAUGCAGAAUUCUCCUGCAACCUCUCUGAUACAGCUUAGGGGAAGGAUGGCUAAAGCCUGCUUUGUUCAGAAGUUGCACCAGGGUUAAGUUCAUCAAUUAAUAAGGCAAAAAAAAGAGUUCAUCAAUGGAUAUACUGAUGAAACUUUGAGGUCAAGUUGAAUGUGGUUCCACUUUUCUGUUCUUUAUUUGUGAAAUCUGUUCAGCUGGGUGAUGAUUGUGCCCAAAAAUCUGACUAUGGCAAUACUUCAACAUCACUCGAAUUGAUGUAAUUAUGCAUGGUAUUCAGAAUGUGUUCAUCUACUUAUUAGUUUAGUUGUUUUGGCUGACUUUGUACUGA